ACCAAUGAGUGGAAUAAGAAUGAUGAUCGGCUGUUGCAGGCAGUGGAGAAUGGUGAUCCUGAGAAAGUGGCUUCACUGCUGGGUAAAAAGGGAGCCAGUGCCACCAAGCAAGAUAGUGAGGGCAAAACUGCUUUUCACCUGGCAGCCACGAAAGGGCAUGCAGAGUGCCUCAGGAUCAUGGUGACACAUGGUGCAGAUGUGACAGCCCAAGAUGGUGCAGGGCACAGUGCUUUACAUCUUGCAGCAAAGAACAGCCACCCUGAUUGCAUUAAGAGGUUACUUCAGAGUAAGUGUCCAGCAGACAGCACUGACAAUUCUGGGAAAACAGCUUUACAUUAUGCAGCUGCAUGUGGUUGUCUUCAGGCAGUUCAGCUUCUGUGUGAACACAAAUGCCCAAUUAACAUCAAAGAUUUGGAUGGGAACAUACCUUUGCUGCUUGCAGUACAAAAUGGUCAUACGGAAGUCUGCAAAUACCUUCUGGAUCAUGGAGCAGACAUCAACACCAGGGAUAAAAAUGGAAGAACUGCUUUGAUGAUGGCUUGUGAAGCUGGUAACAUUAACAUGGUGGAAGCCUUCCUUAGGAAAGGUGCAGAUGUCAGUUUAGUAGAUGUCUUUGGACAGAAUGCCCUGCAUUACUCCAAGCUCUCCGAGAAUACAGAGAUCCAAAAUCUCCUAUCAUCUAAGUUAUCUCAGGAUGUGGAUACAAAGUCACCAAUAAAAGCAAAGCAGCAUGAUCAAGGCUCUAAAUUAAGUUCAGAAAGAAGUGGAACUCCAAAAAAACGCAAAGCCCCACCUCCUCCUAUCAGUCCUGUUCAGCCUAGUGAUUUGUCCUCUCCACACUCAUCAACUUCAACUCCCAUGACUGGAAAAGGGCAGGCUUUCUUUGCUGAUCAAGUGUGCAAGGAAGAAUUCAGCACCUUGCACCGAGAUAGUAAAGACAGACUGAGUGACAGCACAACAGGUGCUGAGAGUUUAUUGGAUGUGAGUUCUGAAGCUGACCAGCAAGAUCUACUUCUGUUGAUGCAAGCAAAAAUUGCUUCCUUGACAUUGCACAAUAAGGAGCUGCAGGACAAAUUACAGGAAAGAACACCUAAAGAAGUGGAUUCAACUGUAGAAUCUUAUCAUUCAGUCCAAACAGAGUUUGAGCAAAUAGCAGAUAGACAAAGUGAGUUCGCAUCUCAGGAGCUGAAGUCUACAUUAAAUGUCACCCAAAUUCAAGAAAAGUUGACAAGCCCCAGUGAAGUAAAAAAGAAGUACCUCCAGGAAGACUUAAAGGACGUGCAGAGGAAAUUAGAGAAUUCUGAAGCCAAAAGAAAGCACAUAGAAGCUCAGGUCCAGUCUAGAGUCCCAGAAACAGAUCAUUUAAAUAGCACAGACAUUUCAGAAAAUGGUUCUGAUCUUAACUUGAAGUUCCAAGAAACUCAAAACAGGUAUGAGGAAGCUGUGAAAGAGGUUUCAAAUGUACAAAGGCAAAUGAAGCUGGGUCUUGUUUCCUCAGAAAGUGAAGAAACCAGUUCUGAUCUGAGUAGGUUGAAGGUUACGUGUGGAGAAGUUGAAAUGCUUAAGCAAGAACUGAAGAGAGCGUUGGAGGAAAGUGAAAGACAAAAAGAGAAAGUGAGAGAGCUACAGAAAAAGUUUGAUGAAAGAGAGAAGAAUGUGGCAAGCAAAUGCUCUGUGGAAGAGUGUGAGGAAAUGAAGAAUUCAUAUUGUUCAGUUAUUGACAACAUUAAUCAAGAGAAAGCAUUGUUGAUUGAGAGGUACAAAGAAGGGCAAGAGGAAAUUAAAAGGCUGCAGGACAAGCUGACAAAUCAGACACAGUUGGAAUCUAGUGCUGAAGCUGGAGAAAUGAAAGAUGUGAUGCACAGAAUGGUAGAUGAGCUCAACACACAACUUAGUGAAUUGUCUCAGUUGUACAAAGAAGCACAAACAGAGCUUGAAGACUAUAAGAAGAGAAAAACUCUAGAUGAUAUAGCUUUGGACUACAUUCCUAGAGAUGAACAUGAUAAACUGAUGCAGGUAACAAAUUCUUUGAAAUACAAAGCAGAGAAUGAGUUAUCAGAAAUUAAAUCCCAGUACACAAAAGUAUUAGAUGAAGCAGAAGAACUAAAGCAGAUGUUAGAUGCUCAGAAACAAAACUCUUUGCCAAUUACUGAACACCAUCAGGUGAUGAAAGCACUCAGAAAUACUGUAAAGGAAAUGGAGGAAGAAAUAAAUGAGCUUAAAGGACUGAUAACCAACAAGGAAAGCGAAGUAAGAAACUUACAGAAGGAAUUACUGGAAGAAAAAGCUGCAGUUAAUGAAGCGAUGGUACCCAAGGCCACAUAUGAAAAGCUCCAGUCGUCACUAGAGGGUGAAGUUAGUGUGUUGUCAUCCAAGCUGAGGGAUGUAAUCCAAGAGAAGGAAAAUGUAUCCUUAGAUGCUAUGCAACUGAGAAAUGAAGUUUUGCGCUUGAAAGAAGAGAAAGAAGGUGUGUGUACUCUGCUUGAAGCAAAGGAACGAGAGGUGACUGGUCUUCAGCAAAAGUACCACCAAGCUCAAGAAGAUCUUCUUGAAAUGAAAAGAUAUUCUGAAAGCUCAUCAAAACUCGAAGAGGAUAAAGAUAAAAAGAUCAAUGAAAUGUCCAAGGAAGUUAGCAAAUUAAAAGAAGCAUUGAACAGCCUUUCUCAGCUUUCCUACUCAACCAGUGCCCCCAAGAGACAAAGCCAGCAGCUGGAGGCAUUACAACAACAAGUGAAGCAGUUGCAAAACCAACUGACUGAAACAAAGAAACAACAUCAGGAAAUUGUCUCAGUCUACAGGAUGCAUCUUCUCUAUGCUGUGCAGGGUCAAAUGGAUGAAGAUGUCCAGAAAGUUCUUAAACAAAUUUUAUCCAUGUGUAAAAGCCAAUCGCAGAAAAAGUAAACGAAAAAGCCAAGGAAAACUCCCCAUUUUUAUUAAUCCUGUUACAGAUGUUUAUCUAGAUUUGCCUUACCGUAAGAUUUAAAAUUGGCAAUUUGCUGCUUUUGUGUUAUUGUGCUGUUUGUGAGGUGGAUUUUUUUUUGUCUGUGUCUUACCACUUCGCAUGUGCAUUUGCGUGUGCAGUAACUAAACACAUGCCUGCUUUUCCUAUCCAAAAUGCAAGUAUGUUCUUCAGACUUUUUACAUAGGCCACUCCAUGUCAUGUUUACCCUGAAAGUACUUU